AUGGCCGCCACCGUGACCAGCAGCUCCAUCUCCAUCCUGAUCCCCUCCGCUGUCCGGCUUCUCUUUCACCCUCUUCGCUCGGUUCCGGGUCCGUGGAUUAACAGCAUAUCCGAGGCACCCGCAGCUUUUGCAUUGAUAACCGGGAAUCAACAUCUCUACUACAGGUCGCUGCACGACAAAUAUGGCCCGGUGGUCCGCGUCUCCCCAAACGAGCUGAGUUUCAUCAGCCCAGAUGCGCGGGAGGAGAUUUACGGUCUGCGGAAAGGUGGCCUGAACAUGGAAAAGAGUCCCAUAUUCUUGGGCGCUGUUGGGAGCGUGGAUGGGCAGACUGGCGUCAGUCUCGCCGUGAAUAAGGAGCACGCUCGCCAGCGCAGGGCGUUGGGGUAUCUGUUCACCAACAGCGCGCUGUUGAGGCUGGAAAGUGUUCUUCAAGACCACACCCAAAAGCUCAUAGACAUACUGAAACGGAGGGAAUCCGAGAACCGAGCUGUCGAUGUCUCGGACUGGUACACCUACCUCGCCUUCGACCUGAUGGGCGACCUCUGCUUCGCCGAACCCUUCGGCUGCCUCGACCAGGGCUCGGCCACGGAGUGGUCGACGUCGGUGAUCAGCAUCUUCGUCGACGCCACGUACACGCAAGCCAUCCGGCGCAUCUCGGGCGUCGGGACGCUGCUCGAGCGGCUCCUUACCCGUGUGCUCAUCCCCUCGCAAGCCUCAGUCUGGCGGUCGCGGCACCUGGCCAACGCGCGCGAGAAGACGCUCGCACGGCUCGCCGACCCGGACCGCGACCACACCGACUUCAUCUACCAGAUCCUGCACAGCGAGUCGUCCAAGUCCCUCUCGCAGACCGAGAUCGUGCUCAACAUGGCGCUGUUCAUCAGCGCGGGCACCGACACCACGGCCACGGCGCUGACGGGGUGGACGUACUUUGUAUGCACUCACCCGGAGGCGUACCGACGGCUGGUGGCCGAGAUCCGGGGGGGUGACGGCACGGGCAACGGCACAGGUGGUCUGCCGCCGCGAUGGGAGACGGUCAAGUGCCUGCGGUACCUCGACGCGACGGUGCGCGAGGCCCUGCGUCUCUUCCCGCCUUCGCCCGCGAGCCAGCAGCGCGUCGUGCCCCACGGCGGCGCCACAAUCGACGGCUACUACGUGCCCGCGGGCACCACGGUGGCUGUCGCGCCGUGGGUGGCGACACACUCACGCCUCAACUUUUGCGAGCCGGACGCGUUUCGGCCCGAGCGGUGGCUGGGAGAGAGCUCGGGGGAGGGCCGGGACGACGACGCGUUCGCGGGGGACAGGCUGGGAGCCUCGCUGCCGUUUGGGACGGGCCCGAGGGUGUGUAUCGGGAGAAACCUGGCGUACAUGGAGAUGCGGCUGGUCGCGGCGCAUUUGCUGUGGAACUUUGACGUCGAGUUGGAAGGGGGAGACGCAAAUGUGGCGUGGGGACUGGGCGGGAGGAUGAGGCCGAUGAAGGUGUUUCAUUCCAUGACAAAGCCGCCGUUGUGGGUGAGGCUGACGGGGGUCAGGGGGUAA